AGUACUAUAAAAGCCAACGCAGGGACUGACUGCAAGCCGUACUCCAAGACUACUCCAGAGAUAGAUAGAUUCUGCAGAUCAGAAACUUCGCCGCGGCCAUCAUCCUUUUCCAGUCAAACACAGCGAUCUUCUUCUGGGUUUGAAAUUAUGGAUCCAGAUUGGGCAAAUUUACCUAAGCACCUUUUAGAUUCAGUUGUAAAGAGAUUGGCAUUACCCUCGGAUUAUUUGCAAUUCAGCUGCGUUUGUAAGUCAUGGUGUUCUGUAGCUAAGGAUAAUAAAAGCCAACGCUCGAAGAUGAUAACUCCGAUGCUCUUGAUUUCAGCCAAUAAAAAGCACACCUGGCAUUUAUAUAGGGUCAUGGAUAACAAGAUUCUAGAUUUGCAAAUAAGUGUGCCCAAUAAGCGGUAUUGUGGAUUUUCGAAAGGAUGGUUAAUAACUCUAGAGAAUAAUUUUGUUGUAGCCCUGAUAAAUCCAUUCUUUAGGGUUAAAGGAAAGCCGAAGAAAGAAAACUCAAUCAUUCGCCUCCCUCCUUUGACCUGCAAAGACUUAACUCGCCGCCGGAUACUUCAUUGGUCUAGAAGAUCUGAGAAUUACGGUGUCAAGGCGAUGAUUUCAGCAGACCCAGUAUUAAAUGCAAGUGAUUGCAUCGUUGUCUUUAUAUAUGAAGAGCUUAAGCAAAUGGCAUUCAUCAGGCUAAGUAAAGAUACAACUUGGACUUAUAUAGAUCGAAGUGUUGAUAAUAGAGGGCGCUUAAUUGAAGAAGUGACAUACUUUCGAGAUGGUUUUUAUGCUGUGGAUCACUGGCGUAGACUUUUAUCUUUUGAUAUCACUGCUCAGUCGAAUUCAGACGUAAAGUUGGUAGCACAAAGCAUUGAAGGAAAGAAAUUUGACAAGAAAUAUAUUGUGAAUUCAAAUGAGAAAGAAUUAUUGAUGGUUCAAAGGUAUUAUAGCCGUGAGGAUUCAAGUGUGACAAUAGGGUUCAAAGUUUUUGAAUUUAAGUUUGACAAGAGUGAGUGGGUGGAGAAAAAUGAUUUGGGUGAUGUUGCUCUCUUUCUUGGUGAUAACACUUCAAUAUCUGUGGUUACUUCAAGUUCGUCAGGAUGUCAAUCGAAUAGCAUAUACUUUUGCCAUGAUUAUAAUGAUAAUGAUUAUGGACGUCAGUAUUGUGAUUGUGGUGUUUAUGACGUCAAAAGUCAAACCAUUACACGUUAUGAUAUACCCCUUUUGAAGAUGACUGAUCGACCAGCCAUAUGGGUUGUGCCAUCUUUUCAUUUGUAAUGGAUUCUCUGACUUAUUGUACCAGUUUUUCCUCACCUUCGGUGCCUGUCUCUUCCUUAUUAUUCAGAUGAGAAGGUGAGCGGCAAAGCCUGGUUCAACUAAGGAGUAGGUCGUCCGAGCGGAUAAUGAUCAAAUUUUUUAUUUUUUUUUGGGUUCUGCAUGCCGUCAUUCUUCUCUUGUUGUACUAUAUAUGUAUCUUUUCCUUGAUGAGUUAAAUCAUGUAAUCCUGCCUUUGAUAUUGGGAUGCUUUGUUCUA